UAAACAAAUAGACAGACGACAGAAGACUAUCAACUCCGGCUUAGACUAACCUGUCAACCCCUUAAGCAAUUACAUUGUUUUAAAGUGUGUUUUCGUCUACAGUUUGAAGGCGAACACCUUCAUAUUGGAAUUGUAAACAUGUUAUCUCGAUCUUCGUUGCUUUUUUGUAAUGGACUCCGCAAUUGUCAUGGAAGAGACCUCAUUCAACCACUCAAAAAACGUCUGCUUGACUCAAAGUUCCAGAAAAAUUCCUGCAGGGAUUCAUCUAGGUUUUCCCCUCGACGCAGUGCUUAUAGAACUGAACCUACGUUUCUAUCUCAAGUAAAAGUUCCAUUACUUUUUACAGCUGCAACUGGAUCAGCGUGUUUACUUGGUCAUAAGUAUUUAGGAACGUUGGUGUCACAAAGAUCUUAUGACUCUAGAUCGGCAUUUAACUGGUGGUCUUCCAAGCCUGAUUGGUUCAAGACAUACUGGUUGAUUUGUGGUAGCUGUGUCACUGUAUUUGCAAGCUACAGAUUAGCAAUGCUGUCAGCCAGGCAGGUUCCCUCUUUCCUACGAUUUAUGCAAACAUACUUUGUCAAUAAAGGGAACCCAAGUAAUGCCCUUGAAUCAUGUGUGCAGUUAGUCCUAUCAUCUUUCUGCCAUAUAUCACCUUUGCAUUUGGGAAUAAACAUGUACAUAUUGUACAAUGUUACAGAAGCUCUGGCUCCGGAAAUUGGUAAGGAGAGAUUCUUAGGUGCAUAUUUAUUUAGUGGAGUUGUAUCUGGCUUUACUAGCACAUGCUACCAGCUUAUAUCAGGCCGCUGUCAAGGUGCCGUAGGAGCUUCUGGUGCAAUUUUAGGUCUAUUGGGCAUGGUAAUAUUGAGGCACCCAGAAUAUAAUUUCCACAUAAUAUUUUUGCCAUUUCUCACAAUUCCUGGGCCUGCGGUCUUUGCAGGGAUGGCCACAAUUGAUUUUCUUGGCUGUCUCAGAGGAUGGGCAUUUUUUGAUCAUGCUGGACAUCUUGGAGGACUAUUUAGUGGAGUAGUUUGGGAAUUUGUUACUGGCAAAAGUAUUACCAAAUCAUUUGCAUUCUUUAAUGAAGCAGAAACCAAACCUGGUAAUAAAAAAUCAUAGUACUCUACUUAAGAAGCCUCUAUUACACCUUAAUCUCAAUAAAAGUUCUCCUAAAAGUUUUA